AUGUUUCAUUCUACUAAGAAAAACAUUUUGAAUUGUUUUACCUGCAAUGAAGUGGUCAGUCAUGAAAAACAACAAAAAAGAUUUACUAAGGUAGAUUUUUUAAUUAUUCUUUUUGGGCUUGUGGUUUAUACAUUUGAUAUUGGAACAGAUCUCUGGACGGCAAAGAACUUUUUGUGUGAAGGCCAGUACUUGAAAGGUAUCCUAAUACUGUCCACAGGACUGUUUUCAUCAAUAAUUAUUCAGUUUUUCAGUUGUACCUGGUUUAAAGAAGAUGAAACUGAAAAGCUUGCUUGGACGUUUUAUUUAUUACAUUCUUUAUAUGGUGGAUUAUUUACAAGAUACUAUUUCACAUUAAAACAUGGCUAUCGGGCUGCAUUUAUAUCAAACAGUUCCACCAACUACAACUUAUGCUUCAGUGCAAUGGCCGAUAUAAGUAUGCUUCAGCUAUUUAAAGCCUUCUUGGAAAGCACCCCCCAGCUUAUCCUUCAGAUCCACAUUGUGAUGGCAUCUGACGAUUCUACUUUUUCUCAAUAUGUUUCCAUCGCUUUGUCUUUCUGCAGCAUUUCCUGUGCAACAGUGAACUAUCAGAUAAUUUUGCGAAAAUCUCUGCCUGAUAAAAAUGAAUUUAGUGGGGUAGUUUGCAAACUUAUAUAUCUUUUCUAUAAACUCAUGACAUUAACUUCUUGGAUACUUACCAUUGUCUUACUCUCAAUGUUGAGCAUUAUAGGUUCUAUUGUUCUGCUACUUAUUCUUUGGUUUGUGAAUCUAAGCUGGGUGAUAAAGCAAAACACUGAAUUUUGUAAAUUUAAAGUAACAGAAUCUGUUUACAGGUUGAUUGUGGCAAUCAUUCUUAUUUUUACCUUUUUUAAUAUCAAGGGAGAAAACACAGCAAUUGUCCAGACUGUUUAUUAUGUUUUUCGAAUAAUUGUAACUGUAAUUAUACUGUGCAUAUGUGGGUACUGGAAAUCAUUACUUGAUGAAAAAAUAUAUUUGUCAACAUUGAUUAUUGUAGCUGUGAUCUUCCUAAUAUUAGGUAUUAUUUUUCUUAUUAUAUAUUAUAUUCAUUUUCAUCCUAAUAUUUAUUGCACACAAGAUGAAAUCGAUGGACUAGAAGUAGAAAGAGUAGAACCCUGCAGAUUUAGUAAAUUUCUGAUACAAUAAAGGAUGCUAGAUUUGGCUUUCAAAAAUAUGUAUGAUUGUUAGAUGGCAAUAUAUCAUUUUGGAAACUUUUAAUUCUCUGCUUCCACUAACUUUUGCAACCCUGACCUAACAGUCCUACUUGUGCAUACAGUAGUGGCCAAAAUUGUUGAAACCUUUUGGGAAAAGUUUAUUUUUGAGGUUUUUUUGGAAUAGUAUCAUAAAAUUAUAUAUCAAUGGAGAGAUAAUUUAAUCAAGAAUGUAAUGCAACAAAGUUUGUUCAGUUAUCUGUAUUCUAUAAAAAGUUAUAGCCAAAUAAC